GUUGCCGUGUGGACCGCUAGGGGGCUACCACACCAAGCUCGGCACUACCACGCACGACGUGACCUUCUCAACCUUGCCUGGUAGUUGUUCGUGGCAUCUUCUCCCCAGUUUCUCUUGUUGUGUGGUGCAGAGAGGCAGGCUCUCCAAACCUACUCGCCGUGUGCGUGUACGGUGUUAGGCGCAGCACACGCGAUGACUCGACCUGCCACAACAUCAGCUGCUUCGAUAGCGGUUGUGGCCUUCACCUUGCUAGGCUCGCUCUUGCCUACGUCGAGCUUUGUGCCGCUAGCUUCGAGAGGCCAGGCUCCCCGCCAAUCGAGUAGACGACCACCACCAUCUUCUUCACGGUUCGCCGGGCCGCUUCAGAUGACAAUGCCGGCUCCCCGCCAAAGGCAACAACGGCGGCAGAUCUUCAUGCCGGCAGGUGCUUCUUCUACCCUAGCAGGCCAUCAACGGCGAAGAACACCAUCGGGGGGCAGGGAGGAGGUUUCGUUGCCGCGCCCUCGUCGGUGUCGCUCCCUGCAGCCGCUGGGCCUCGGCGGCAUGGAUGAGAUGGAUGAUAUAGACCCUCUUGAGGGCGGGCCCGACCCGGAUGAGAUACUGCUCCAGGGGGAGCCGGAGCUGCUGAGGCAGCAGCAGGAGGAGGAGGAAUACGAGGCGGAGCUAGCGGCAGCGGAAGCGGCCACGGUGGCGGCGGGGAAGGGGCCAACCAAGGCGGAGUUAGCGGAGGCGGCGGUCGCGGCGGCGAUGGCGUCCAAGACGGCGGGGGAGGGCGUGGGGGCAGACGAGGUGGCCAUGGCCGCGCUAGGCCCCAAGAGAAAGAAGAGAGCAGAGAAAGUGCGGGUCGACCCGCUCAUGCCCAGGGGGGGCGUCGCGCCGAACGAGUGGCUGGAUAUGGCGAACCUGGCGGAGGGGGUGCGGGGGAUCUUGGUGGUGUGCCACACGGGCUUGCCAAAAGACAAGAAAAGGGCCACUGAGGUCAUGAACGCCGUCAAGGAGCGCUAUGGUCACGUCAUUCACACGCACGAAUGGUGGGACGACGACGAGGAGCUGACGGAUGACGACCGUGAAGAUGCCGGCACCUUCGAGGUCUGGCUCGAGGGGCCCACCGUCGUCCACUACCACGAGAGGGCCGACGGCAAGCUGGACCUGGACGACGAGCAGCUAGACAAGAUCCUCGACGACCUCGAGGAACGGGUGAUGGACGAGGCCAUCCUCGGGCAGUACAUCAAUGAGGACUUCCAGUUCCGGCUGCCCGGGUUCACGGUCCCCGAGCAGCGGUUCAAGCAGUUCCCCNCGCCCCCCCCCCCCCCUUAUUUUUGUAGAGAUGCGAGGUCUAGCGACUACCGCUGAGCACACAAACACACACAGCCUGCGAUUCGGGAGGGGGGUAGAAGAGCACAUGCAUUGGCGGUGCGGUGUCUUUUUGUUUCGCCCCGGCUCUUGCUCGGAUGCGGGGGUCGAAAUACCCAAAUUGAGCUCCCGGCAUGGGUAUUGGGAGCAUCCCUAUCCGAAGGAGACUUAAGGCCGUCCGCCGCUCGGGUUUGUUGCCCCCGGGUACAGCGAAAUAUGGGGGAAAAGCAGUUCCCCGUCGUGUAGUGGAAAGAUGCCGUGAAUUGUGUGUUGGUCUGGGUAGAUGCCGAUGCGACGGGCCACUACUGCCGUUCUCCAUCCUGAAGUUGUCGAGAUGCUCUUGACCGAGUUACCUCGGUGUCGACAGCAGGAGAGGACGAGCGGCGAAACGGAAGAAGCAUCGGGCACCUUUACCUUUCUUUGUGGCAUUUGUGGGAGCACUACCUGUAAUUCUUGCCGAAAGUAUUGGUUGCCACCCCUCCCUCCGUUGUUGAGCCCAUCGAGUGAACAUCGACCCCGGGCGUGUGGUGUUAUCCGCGGUGUGCGGCAAAAAGCAGGAGAACAGCGAACGCACCAGAGCGAGCGAGGGAGAGAGCUUAUGGUAAAGCGUGUGAGGCUUGUGCGAUACCGCGCGACGUAACACCGUAGGGCCGGCGGCAAAAAUGUUUAUCAUCGGCGCGCCUUGCCGAAGUGACGCGAUAGCGGGAUGAUGUUACAACGGGGUGAACUGUUGCUGCUUGUAACGGCGACCGAUAUGUUGUCAAUGGAGGGAUUUUGGAGUCUUUGGUGGCUCUCGUUCGUGCUCAAUGUAAGUUGUUUCGGUU